AUUUUUGAUGAACACAUACAAAUUGGAAUUAUUACUAAUAAAUGGUAAUAAUUGACAGCAAUGAAGGAUGGUUUUUUUGGUAGUUAAUUCAUAAGGGAAACCGGCGUUGAGUGGUGUGAAUUUACUGCCGGUGUUGUUUGCUUGAUAACUUUUUAUGAUGAUCAUCGUGUGUGUGUACCUCAAGCCUCUAACCUCCAAUAGCUUUCUUCCAUAUCUGUUCCCGUUUUAAUAUUCUCUUUCGUUCCCACUUGUUUCAUGUCCUCUGCGAUCAGUCCCUUUCUCUCUCUGUCUCUCUCAUUAUUCCCUUCACUAUAUAUUUGAUUCUCUCACAUACAAUUCAUUACUUGUCAAUUGAGGAUUCAAUUUCAAUUUCUGGGUAUCACUUAAUUUUCCUCAAUUGUUUUCUUGAUAUCCUCUCCUCUAUUUUAAAGUUUUAAAGGUCUUUGUUGUCUUUGGUUUCUUGAUGGUUUGAGGAGAUGGGUGUUUUCGUUGACCCGUCAAGAGGUUAAAAUUUUAUUGAAAUUCGUGGUGGUGGUGGUGGCGGCCAAAAGAAAAGGAGAGAGAAAACAUGAGGGAUUUUGCUGGGGCUCCAGGGACUUUGACUGGACUUGCUUUGAGGCUUUCGCAGUGUGUUUUCGCAGCUGGCUCCAUUGCUGCCAUGACCACCACCACUAACUUCUUCAAUUCCACUUCUUUCUGCUACCUCAUUGCUUCGAUGGGUUUGCAAAUCAUCUGGAGCUUUGGACUAACACUAUUGGAUGCAUAUGCCUUGGUGAGAAAGAGGACCCUCCACAACACUGUCUUGCUCAGCCUUUUUGUCGUUGGAGACUGGGUGACCGCAAUAUUGUCUCUUGCAGCCGCUUCAGCUUCAGCAGGCAUCACAGUGCUCUACUUUCAUGACUUGGGGAGUUGUGGUUUUGUGAGGGAAUGCCAGAAAUACCAAAUGUCAGUUGCCUUAGCCUUUUUUAGCUGGAUAACAACUGCAAUUUCAUCUCUAAUCAUGCUUUGGCUAUUCGCUGCAGGUUAGACAGUAGUGUAUAUUCAUGACACUAAAAGCCAUCUGUCUCGUAGAAAUUUUGAUCUUCUUAACAGUGUCAAUACAAAAGAAAACAAGAAGAAUAUCAUAAUGAUUUUCAAAACUUA